AUGCCUGAGUCAACAGUUCUAGAGACUGUGAAGCAAUUUGCAAGAACCAUCAUUUAUGUUUAUGAGUCUGAAUUUUUGCGGCCACCGACAGCAAGUGAGCUUGAAACCAUUUUACAAGUCAAUGAGGCUAGAGGUUUUCUUGGGAUGAUUGGCAGCAUUGACUAUAUGCAUUGGGAAUGGUCUAAUUGCCCGACUGCAUGGCAUGGUCAGUACAAGGGGCACAAAGGCAAACCGACCAUAAUCUUGGAGGCUGUUGCUACGCAGGACCUACGCAUAUGGCAUGCAUUUUUCGGAUUGCCUGGGUCCCAUAACGACAUCAAUGUGCUCCAUAGGUCUCCAGUGUUUGACGACCUCGCUGCUGGACAGAGACCACAAACUGAAUUCCAUAUUAAUGGAACCAAGUAUAGCAUGGGUUAUUAUCUUGCCGACGGAAUAUACCCUGAUUGGGCUACAUUGGUAAAAACAUAUAGCGAGCCAGUUAGUGAAAAGGAAAAAAAAUAUGCUCAGACACAGAAGUUAGCAAGGAAGGAUGUGGAACGAGCUUUUGGGGUGCUUCGGUCCAAAUUCAGGAUAAUUUAUAACCCUGCUAGGUUGUGGAGCCAAAGUGAUCUAAACGACAUCAUGCGUGCAUGUGUUAUUCUACACAACAUGGUGAUCGAAGAUGAAAGAAAUUUGUACAGUGAUCACCAGGAGUUUGAGAGGUCUUCAGACCCUCCGAUUUCUCAGAAUAGAGAUGUGCCAGAAAUUUCUCAGUUCAUUAAUUCGUACGCCAAGGAUUUCCACAGCUGUACUUGA